GGGAUGCCAUAACUGUCAACACCCAGGCCAUUGCCAGAAAUGAUGUGACCCAAAAUGGGAGAAGUACCUGAUAGGGAUGGGUUGCUGGCCGGAACAUCUAACUAAUGAGUUUAGUAGUUGGCUAAAUCUUCCGGAAAAUACGCAAGCACCCGACGUAUGUCCUCCGCCGGGAACAGGUAUCCGAACAGCCCAUGGGAGGGCCUCCGGCUGAGGGGCGCGCGAAUUCAUUGUUGUAGCCUCUUAUGGAUGGUCGUUCCUUCGGAGGUUCGGGAUGAUGCCGGGGCGGAAUUUUGGAAUCAUCGACGGAGAGUGCGGAACAGUACUUCCAACCCCACUAACUCUUACCCCACAUCCAUUCCGAGACGAGGACUUUUUGCGCAAUGGAGGAUACUUAAUGAUGGUAGUCCUUCUGCCUUGAGUCAACUUCUAACAUUGUCCUCACCUCAUCACGUCGAUUCCCUCAGUCUACUUUCAUUGGCACCUUCGUCAUCAAACCCUCUUUCUACUAAUACCCAAACUUCAGAACAGUCACAAUGCCAAUCACUCGUGUCACUCUCUUCAAGAUUCCCGAGGAGGAGCACCGCCAGCAGGUGUUGGCUAAGUACAAGACUAUGGCGCGGGACGCCUUGAAGGACGGCAAACCUUACAUCCGCUCCGUCAGAGCCGGUUCCACGUUCGAAGACCAGCGCCGUCAGGGAUAUACCCUCGCCGUGAUUUCGGAGUUCGACAGCGUUGAUGACAUGAAGUAUUACGACAAUGACUGCCAGGCCCAUGCCAGUCUAAAGGCCGUUGCGAAGGAUGUGCAUCAAGGUGUCAUGAUGGUUUAUUUCGAGUCCGUGACAACCCCAGAGAACCUAUGAGAUAAACCUCGAAUACCAAAAGAAGAGUAAAUGCGGUAUCCAUAUAUAUUCUCUUCGAGAAGGAAUGAAUGGAGCCCGGAAAAUGGGAGAAAUCCUAGCUAUACCCGGCCAAAAAAACUCUUUGGACCGGUAUGACCAUGAUAUAUUAUGUAUAUAAAGUUGGAAUGGAAGUGAUGAUAACAUUACAUGACUGCAACCAUUGCUUCUUCCAGUCAUGUUCUUGGGGAAUUCUCGCGGUCCUGUUUCGAGAACGAAAACGGCAUGGCAGUCUUAAAAAGGCCGCUUCUCGGGGCUCUCUUGAGCUAUCUGGAAGGGAAGUUCCAUGAGGAUAAUUGAGAGUGCUCCAUUGUCUGAACUAUGAGACGUAGCAUUGAUUUCAGAUGUGGCUUUUUUUGGGGCGCGAAGAGAAUGAAAGAGAUGCGCAUGCAUCAAGGAUUAGACCUGUCUUUCAUCUCAUGUUGAUAAAU